AAUAAUAAUAAAAUAAUUCGAUUUAACAGAACUAUAAAAGAAUAUUAUGAUUACGUCGAAAUAAUUUGUGUUUGUGCAACACCUCUUAAUGUCCUAAUAAUUACAAAAAACGUGGAUAAUGGCUGAAAAUGUUAUUCACUGCGAUGACGAAUUUGUACAUUCCAUCAAAACGUUACUUUGGGGUAAUACUGUUAAAAAGGAUGUUUUUAAACGGUGGGCUCAAGGGUUCUAUUUCAGCCCCGAUGAACCAACAGCAUUGAUACAAACCAACGGUGGCCCUUGCGCAGUAAUAGCACCUGUGCAAGCCUUUAUCUUGAAAGAGUUACUCUCUGAACCUGAUGUCUCAGCUUGGAAAAACAUCAAUCGCGAUACAUGUUAUCAACUUCUUGUGCGAGCUUCUAUAGAGAUUUUGAAACAAGCAGCCGGAGAGAAGGUUCCGAAGUUUUGUAUCGUUUUUAUGGAUUGCAAAUUUUCGAACGACGAAAAUGGAAGAAAGGCGAAAUGGGUGGCGAAGAUACCGGAAAUAGAAAAUCGCGAAGAAGAGAUAUCUGUAGGAAACAAUGAGAGUCAGGAGAAGAGUAAUAAAAUACUACGAAUGGAAAUGAAUGAGGAAUGUAGAAACGUAGAUUCCGAUUUUUUCCAUUCUCAGUUGAGGCUGUUUACAACGAAUAGCUCCGAACACGUGGAAGAAUUUUUCUCCGAGAGGUUAGAAAUGUUGAAAGAUCGAUAUGGUAUCUUAUUGCUUCUCUACAGCGUAAUUGUUACCAAGGGUGUCACUGAAAUUCGUUCGGAAAUGUCGGAUCCAUUAGAAUCGAUGAUAGAUUCAACGUAUGGCUAUGGAAAUCAGAGCCUUAUAAACCUGAUGCUUACUGGCAGAGCAGUCAGCCAUGUUUGGGAUCAUGAUCAAGACGUUGGAGGAUUGAAAUUGCGUGGGAUAGAUAAACAAAAUACAAUAGGAUUCCUUGCACUUCUAGAACAUUUAUGUUAUUGUGAAGUAGGAACUUUCUUAAAAUCUCCAUCACAUCCUAUUUGGGUAUUGGGUUCAGAAACUCAUUUGACUGUAUUAUUUUCUACUGAAAAAAGGCUAGUGAGCCCUGAAACACCAGCAGAUCAAGCAAAAAGAGUUUUUAGAAAAUUUGAUCCCGAAGGAAAUGAUUUUAUAUCUGCCAAUUCAUUACAAGAUGUUCUCGCUGAACUUGGAUUGGUUGCAGACACAGAUUAUGUCAAUGUAAUGAAGAAAAAAUUGGACAAUGAAAAUUUGGGAAUUAUCUUGCGUACUAACUUCAUGGAUGAAUUUUUCCCUGAAGAACCACUAACAUGUCCAGAUACAUUUCCAUUAUAUCAUUAUAAUGGUCUUCAACAUAGUAAUCCAGAAAAUAAAGUGAUUUAUCAUAGAGGUCAAGCAGUGUUGCUGGAGUGCACUAUUAAGGGUAUUAUGGAAAGCAACCCCAUGUUAACAGCACUUCAAACAAAAUGGCCCAGAAUUGAAAUUCAGUGGGAUAUUGGUCAGAAUCCGAGCCUUAAUUAA